AUGCGCCGCAACGAACAAUUCCGACCGGGACGGGAGCCCCUAUCUGACCAUCCCAGUCUCACCCUCCGCCGCAGCCAUGUCUCAGGCCCAUUCUCGUUCCUCAAUCCCACCUGGGCGCGGUACGCGCCCACCACCACCAUCCGUGGACAGACCAAACCCGUAUCCCUGGCACAACAACAGGAAGAGGAGCACGAACACGAAUUGACGCCAGACGCGACACCGCCCUCGUCCUCGGUGAAAGCACGGUCUAUCGAGCAUCUCUGGCGCUCGCGCGAUAAUCGCAAAGGGAGACAUCCGUUGAAGGUUGAUUAUCGCGCUCCGACGUCCGAGACGGGGUACCUUGCUCCACCGCCGACGGCGACGUUUAGCGCUGUUGCCCGGGGAAUUCUGCGAAUGGCGACAAGUGCGCCUGUUUGGGACGUUUCAUGGCUUGUGGCUGUGACGUUUACGCUUGGAUCGGUGGUUUGGAUCAUCAAUGCUUUUUUCGUGUGGUUGCCACUCGUGGAUCCGGGGACGGAGUUUUCGGGCGAGGUUUCCCUAGGUGGAGGGAUUAGUGCGUUUAUUGGUGCGACGGUGUUUGAGGUUGGGAGUGUGCUUUUGUUGCUUGAGGCUGUUAAUGCUAAUCAGACUGGGUGUUUUGGGUGGGCUUUGGAGACGGAGUUGAGGAAGACGGAGAAUCAUGCGGGCCAGGGUGUUACCAAGGUGAAGCCUAGCAAGGACGAGUGUCGGCAUCACCAUGUGAAUCGGAGGAAUCUUGUUGGUCUUGGCAGACAUCUGACUCAUCAGAUUUCUCGUGAUCUUUCGGAUGGGUAUACGACGUCUUCGCCAGAUGGGAGGUCAUUUCGUUGGCUUCCGUCUUGGACUGAAUUGCGGACGCAUUACCUCCACGAACUGGGGUUUCUGGCUUCACUGGUUCAAUUCUUCGCCGCUACGGUUUUCUGGAUCGCUGGUUUCACUGGUCUCCCCGGCAUUCUUGACCACUUGAGUCAACGGGUGACCAACGGUGUCUACUGGGUUCCUCAAAUAGUCGGCGGAACCGGCUUCAUUAUCAGCGGAUUGCUGUUUACCCUCGAGACUCAGGAAAAGUGGUAUAAGCCGGCUUUUCACGUUCUCGGUUGGCACAUUGGCACCUGGAACUUUAUCGGUGGUAUUGGCUUCACUCUCUGCGGUGCCUUGGGGCCGGCAAGUAAUGCGUCGGGUGUGGAGUAUCAAGCUACUCUUGCGACUUUCUGGGGAUCUUGGGCAUUCAUGAUUGGAUCGACAAUCCAGUGGUAUGAGAGCCUGGAGAAGUAUCCAGUUGAGAGGAAGAACAGUGAUGAUGCCUCGGUACAGAGCGGGGAGUAG